AUUCUUAUAUAUAUAUAUACAAAAAAAGCACCAUUUCACUUUGUAUGGAAAAAAAUUGUUUAUACAAAAAGUAAUUUCACGUACAUAAAUGUUCAAUUUUAAAAUAUUCAAAUUGAAGUUUAAAAAUGUUUAACAGUGAUUGUGAAAAAGGUAAAGUAAUACUGAUUGUGACAUUAGUUUUAUUUCUCUAUUACACUAUAUGGGUGAUUGGUCUACCAUUUAUCGAUGAUAACAGGGUACAAUCACUUUUUGGUUCUCAUAAUCUUGCUUUAAUAAUACCUGCAGUUUUGGGUUUAUGUUUCGUUGGUGGAUUAGUAUUGUUCACUAUUUAUCAUAUCUGGCCAUACUUUUCAUAUGACAAAUUCAGCAAACUUCACGAAUCGUAAAUUUUAUAU